AUGUUUUCAGAAUGUGAAACAGCCAUUGAUGAACAUGUGGAGAUUGAAGAUAUUUCUAAUGCAAUUUCUGUUCCAGAAUGUCAAACAUGCAUUGAUAAAGACGGGAAAAUUAGAGAUAUCUCUCAAACAUUUGAAGACGAAAUGUACGUUGAGGAAAUACCUAAACAGUGUGAACUUCAAAGGGUUGAAGCGUCGCAACCUGCGAAUUAUGAAUUCGAAAUUUCAACACUAACUAAACGAUCUGAUACCGAUAUUUAUGAGUUGGAAAUAACUCAUAAGGUAAAUGCAGAUAACACUUUAACUGCAGAGGACGUGCCCGUGCCCUUAACCAAAGUUAUAAUGUGUGCCUUUUGCAAUGUAGUGUUUUCACCUGCCAAUGUUAGUACAGUGCAGUCGCACAUUUUGGGUCACUUUCGCAGCAUCACAAAUGCUAUUUAUUGGAUUACAUACUGGGACAUGAGACGUAUUAUGAAAAAUGAAGAUUUUAUUAAUAAAAAUUCGGAAUGCUAUUCGGUGCGGUCAAUAUAUCAAUGUGAAUUUUGUCCCAUGACAUUCAUAAGAAAAUCAAAUACAAUUGCUCACGCUAUACAACAUCAUCAGUAUAGUAAGAUUCAGAAUCAAAAAGAUUAUUCCUUUGGAUUCCCUGGCGCAGAAAUUACUUAUGUAAUAUGCAAUGUAUGUUACAUGCACUUCACAAGCUUAGAUAUUCUAAAAACUCACCGUCUUAUGGAAAAGCACUAUUUUUUGUUGCUGGAUGAGAACAAAAAGUGCACACUGGGAUGUCUUUUCUGCAAAAAAUAUUUUACGCAAUACAGCAAUUUCAUAGAACAUACAAUAAAUGAACAUGCUCAAAAAAUGAAUUGUAUAGGAAAUCUUAAUGUGUUUGUAACAUCCACUUCAUCGGUUGACAACUCACAAACAGAUAUGUCUUUGGUUGACGAGACUAUAGAUAACAAUAAGACGCAGACGGGUUUAAAGUUGCCGGCUGACAAGUCACAAAUGAAAGUACAGUCUAUAUCUCUGUUGGAUGAAAGUUUGGAUCACAAUAAGAUGCAGACGAACUUAGAAUUGCCGACUAAUAAAUCGGAAAUAAAUGCAAAGAUUACAUCUUUGGUGGAUGAAAGCUUAGGUGAAGAAAAUCACAAUAAGAAGCAAACGGGUCCAAAAUUGCCGGCUGACGAGUCACAAAUAAAAUCAGAGACUGUAUCUUCCUCUGAUGAAAGUUUGGAUCACAAUACGAUGCAAACGGGUCCAAUAUUACCGCCUGACAAGUCACAAAUUAAAGGACAGUCUAUAUCUUCCUUUGAUAAAUUAUUUGAUCGCAAUAAUACGCAGACGGGCUCAAAGUUUCUGGCUGACAAGUCACAAAUGAAAGCACAGACUGUAUCUAUCUUUGAUGAAAUUUUUGAUCACAAUAAGAUGCAAACGGGUUCAAAAUUGCCGACUGACAAGUCACAAAUGAGAGCAGAGACUGUAUCUUUCUCUGAUGAAAGUCUAGGUUACAAUAAGAUGCAAACGGGUCCAAAAUUGCCGACUGACAAGUCACAAAUGAAAGCACAAACUAUAUCUAUCUUUGAUGAAAUUUUUGAUCACAAUAAGAUGCAAACGGGUUCAAAAUUGCCGACUGACAAGUCACAAAUGAGAGCAGAGACUGUAUCUUUCUCUGAUGAAAGUCUAGGUUACAAUAAGAUGCAAACGGGUCCAAAAUUGCCGACUGACAAGUCACAAAUGAAAGCACAACCUAUAUCUUUCUUUGAUGAAAUUUUUGGUUACGAUAAGAUGCAGACGGACUCAAAGUUUUCGGCUGACAAGUCACAAAUAAGAGAACAGACUAAGAGUUACCAUAAGAUGCAAACGGGUCCAAAGUUGCCGGCUGACAAGUCACAAAUGAGAGCAGAGACUGUAUCUUUCUCAGAUGAAAGUCUAGAUCACAAUAAGAUGCUAAUGGGUCCAAUAUUGUCGGCUGACAUGUCACAAAGAAAAGCAGAGACUGUAUCUUCCUCUGAUAAAAAUUUUGGUUACAAUAAGAUGCAAACGGGUCCAAAAUUGCCGACUGACAAGUCACAAAUGAAAGCACAACCUAUAUCUUUCUUUGAUGAAAUUUUUGGUUACGAUAAGAUGCAGACGGACUCAAAGUUUUCGGCUGACAAGUCACAAAUAAGAGAACAGACUAAGAAUCACAAUAAGAUGCUAAUGGGUCCAAUGUUGUCGGCUGACAUGUCACAAAGAAAAGCAGAGACUGUAUCUUCCUCUGAUAAAAAUUUUGGUUACAAUAAGAUGCAAACGGGUCCAAAAUUGUCGACUGACAAAUCACAAAUGAAAGCACAACCUAUGUCUUUCUUUGAAGAAAUUUUUGGUUACGAUAAGAUGCAGACGGACUCAAAGUUUUCGGCUGACAAGUCACAAAUAAGAGAACAGACUAAGAAUCACAAUAAGAUGCUAAUGGGUCCAAUAUUGUCGGCUGACAUGUCACAAAGAAAAGCAGAGACUGUAUCUUCCUCUGAUAAAAAUUUUGGUUACAAUAAGAUGCAAACGGGUCCAAAAUUGUCGACUGACAAAUCACAAAUGAAAGCACAACCUAUGUCUUUCUUUGAAGAAAUUUUUGGUUACGAUAAGAUGCAGACGGAUUCAAAGUUUUCGGCUGACAAGUCACAAAUAAGAGAACAGACUAAGAAUCACAAUAAGAUGCAAAUGGGUUCAAAGUUGCCGACUGACAAGUCACAAAUGAGAGCAGAGACUGUAUCUUCCUCUGAUAAAAAUUUUGGUUACAAUAAGAUGCAAACGGGUCCAAAAUUGUCGACUGACAAGUCACAAAUGAAAGCACAACCUAUAUCUUUCUUUGAUGAAAUUUUUGGUUACGAUAAGAUGCAGACGGACUCAAAGUUUCCGGUUGACAAGUUACAAAUAAGAGCACAGACUAAGAAUCACAAUAAGAUCCAAAUGGGUCCAAUAUUGCCGGCUGACAAGUCACAAAUAAAAGCAGAGACUGUAUCUUCCUCUGAUAAAAAUUUUGGUUACCAUAAGACGCAAACGGGUCCAAAAUUACUGACUAACAAGUCACAAAUGAAGGCACAGCCUAUAUCUUUCUUUGAUAAAUUUUUUGAUCACAAUACGAUGCAAACGGGUCCUAAAUUGCCGGCUGACAAGUCACAAAUAAAAGCAGAGGCUAUAUGUUCCUCUGAUAAAAGUUUAGGUUACAAUAAAAUGCAGACGGACUCAAAGUUUUCUGCUGACAAGUCACAAAUAAGAGAACAGACUAAGAGUUACAAUAAGACGCAAACGGGUCCAAAAUUGUCGACUGACAAGUCACAAAUGAAAGCACAGCCUAUAUCUUUCUUUGAUGAAAUUUUUGGUUACACUAAGAUGCAGACAGACUCAAAGUUUCCGGCUGACAAGUCACAAAUAAGAGAACAGACUGAGAAUCACAAUAAGGUGCAAAUGGGUCCAAUAUUGCCGGCUGACAAGUCACAAAUAAGAGCAGAGACUGUAUCUUCCUAUGAUAAAAAUUUUGGUUACCAUAAGAUGCAAACGGGUCAAAAAUUGCUGACUAGCAAGUCACAAAUGAAGGCACAGCCUAUAUCUUUCUUUGAUAAAUUUUUUGAUAACAAUACGAUGCAAACGGGUCCAAAAUUGCCGGCUGACAAGUCACAAAUAAAAGCAGAGGCUGUAUGUUCCUCUGAUAAAAGUUUAGGUUACAAUAAAAUGCAGACGGACUCAAAGUUUUCUGCUGACAAGUCACAAAUAAGAGAACAGACUAAGAAUCACAAUAAGAUGCAAACGGGUUCAAAAUUGCCGACUGACAAGUCACAAAUGAGAGCAGAGACUGUAUCUUUCUCUGAUGAAAGUCUAGGUUACAAUAAGAUGCAAACGGGUCCAAAAUUGCCGACUGACAAGUCACAAAUGAAAGCACAACCUAUAUCUUUCUUUGAUGAAAUUUUUGGUUACGAUAAGAUGCAGACGGACUCAAAGUUUUCGGCUGACAAGUCACAAAUAAGAGAACAGACUAAGAGUUACCAUAAGAUGCAAACGGGUCCAAAGUUGCCGGCUGACAAGUCACAAAUGAGAGCAGAGACUGUAUCUUUCUCAGAUGAAAGUCUAGAUCACAAUAAGAUGCUAAUGGGUCCAAUAUUGUCGGCUGACAUGUCACAAAGAAAAGCAGAGACUGUAUCUUCCUCUGAUAAAAAUUUUGGUUACAAUAAGAUGCAAACGGGUCCAAAAUUGCCGACUGACAAGUCACAAAUGAAAGCACAACCUAUAUCUUUCUUUGAUGAAAUUUUUGGUUACGAUAAGAUGCAGACGGACUCAAAGUUUUCGGCUGACAAGUCACAAAUAAGAGAACAGACUAAGAAUCACAAUAAGAUGCUAAUGGGUCCAAUGUUGUCGGCUGACAUGUCACAAAGAAAAGCAGAGACUGUAUCUUCCUCUGAUAAAAAUUUUGGUUACAAUAAGAUGCAAACGGGUCCAAAAUUGUCGACUGACAAAUCACAAAUGAAAGCACAACCUAUGUCUUUCUUUGAAGAAAUUUUUGGUUACGAUAAGAUGCAGACGGACUCAAAGUUUUCGGCUGACAAGUCACAAAUAAGAGAACAGACUAAGAAUCACAAUAAGAUGCUAAUGGGUCCAAUAUUGUCGGCUGACAUGUCACAAAGAAAAGCAGAGACUGUAUCUUCCUCUGAUAAAAAUUUUGGUUACAAUAAGAUGCAAACGGGUCCAAAAUUGUCGACUGACAAAUCACAAAUGAAAGCACAACCUAUGUCUUUCUUUGAAGAAAUUUUUGGUUACGAUAAGAUGCAGACGGAUUCAAAGUUUUCGGCUGACAAGUCACAAAUAAGAGAACAGACUAAGAAUCACAAUAAGAUGCAAAUGGGUUCAAAGUUGCCGACUGACAAGUCACAAAUGAGAGCAGAGACUGUAUCUUCCUCUGAUAAAAAUUUUGGUUACAAUAAGAUGCAAACGGGUCCAAAAUUGUCGACUGACAAGUCACAAAUGAAAGCACAACCUAUAUCUUUCUUUGAUGAAAUUUUUGGUUACGAUAAGAUGCAGACGGACUCAAAGUUUCCGGUUGACAAGUUACAAAUAAGAGCACAGACUAAGAAUCACAAUAAGAUCCAAAUGGGUCCAAUAUUGCCGGCUGACAAGUCACAAAUAAAAGCAGAGACUGUAUCUUCCUCUGAUAAAAAUUUUGGUUACCAUAAGACGCAAACGGGUCCAAAAUUACUGACUAACAAGUCACAAAUGAAGGCACAGCCUAUAUCUUUCUUUGAUAAAUUUUUUGAUCACAAUACGAUGCAAACGGGUCCUAAAUUGCCGGCUGACAAGUCACAAAUAAAAGCAGAGGCUAUAUGUUCCUCUGAUAAAAGUUUAGGUUACAAUAAAAUGCAGACGGACUCAAAGUUUUCUGCUGACAAGUCACAAAUAAGAGAACAGACUAAGAGUUACAAUAAGACGCAAACGGGUCCAAAAUUGUCGACUGACAAGUCACAAAUGAAAGCACAGCCUAUAUCUUUCUUUGAUGAAAUUUUUGGUUACACUAAGAUGCAGACAGACUCAAAGUUUCCGGCUGACAAGUCACAAAUAAGAGAACAGACUGAGAAUCACAAUAAGGUGCAAAUGGGUCCAAUAUUGCCGGCUGACAAGUCACAAAUAAGAGCAGAGACUGUAUCUUCCUAUGAUAAAAAUUUUGGUUACCAUAAGAUGCAAACGGGUCAAAAAUUGCUGACUAGCAAGUCACAAAUGAAGGCACAGCCUAUAUCUUUCUUUGAUAAAUUUUUUGAUAACAAUACGAUGCAAACGGGUCCAAAAUUGCCGGCUGACAAGUCACAAAUAAAAGCAGAGGCUGUAUGUUCCUCUGAUAAAAGUUUAGGUUACAAUAAAAUGCAGACGGACUCAAAGUUUUCUGCUGACAAGUCACAAAUAAGAGAACAGACUAAGAGUUACAAUAAGACGCAAACGGGUCCAAAAUUGUCGACUGACAAGUCACAAAUGAAAGCACAACCUAUAUCUUUCUUUGAUGAAAUUUUUGGUGAAGAGAAUUACAAUAAGAUACAGAGGGGCUCAAAAUUGGCGGCUGACAAGUCACAAACAGAAAUACAGUCUAUAUCAUUAGUUGACGAAGAUUUAGGUGAUCCCACCGAAGUAAUUGACUUAACCGAAACUAAUUUGAAUGAAAUUUAUAAAAACAGGAAUGAGCAAACUAUCGAAGGAAAGUCUUUGUCUGACAACGUAAAUAACGAAAAAACUCAUGCAUAUGAACCAGGAGAGAGUCUUUAUAAAGACCUGCAUAAUGAAUCACAAAAGAGAAUCUAUGAUUUACUAUUAAAUAAUCUAGAUAGCAGCGAUGAUUCUUCAGAUACGGAAGCGUCAAACAGUUCUCAAAUUAAUACAUCGUUUAUUGACAAUAUUGAAAAGGGUUUUUCGACAUAUAAAGUCCCACUAAGUGAGUCAUCUUCGGAUACGGAUUUGAUUGAGGUAGAACAUAUCAAAGAUUCUACAAACGGAGAAAAAACCUUCGUCACAAGUUAUAAAUAUUAUUAUAAAUAAUUUUAAAUAUAUAUAUAUACUAACUCCACCACUUGUCUAAUAUCAAAGGUGGUUUCUUCACUAAUUAAGUUGCCAUCUUAAAUUAAUUCAAUUUAGUAAAGAAAA